CUGUUUCUGUUUUUGUGUUUAUGUGCUCAUUCUCUGUGUGCGCGUUCUCUCACUCACUCACAACAAUUCACGAAGAGAGCCAUUUCUGUGAAAAGCGAUGCGAGGCGGAGCCACCGUCUGCUCCGGUGACCGGUUUCUGUAUCUUCUUCCACAACUCACCAACUCAACUCGGCCACGACCCGUUUUGGUUCACCUCCAAUCGAACGCGAAGCUUUUCCUGAAACCACAUGGUUCCAAAUUGAGUCUCACUCCUAGAGCUGCUGAUUCUUCCACCACAACCACCACCACCACCACCAACAAUAACACACUCGUUCCUGACGAUGGUUUCUCUCUUGCUAAGGUUUCAUUUGGUGUGGUUGGUCUAGGUGUUGGAGUGUCACUCUUGUCCUAUGGUUUUGGUGCAUAUUUUAAUGUUCUCCCUGGAUCUGGAUGGUCAGCUAUAAUGUUAACAUAUGGCUUCCCUCUUGCAAUUAUUGGCAUGGCACUCAAGUAUGCAGAACUGAAGCCAGUCCCAUGCCUCACAUACUCAGAUGCUCAAAGCUUGCAGGAAAAAUGUGCAACUCCAAUUCUUAAACAGGUGAAGAAUGAUGUUACCAGAUAUCGAUAUGGUGACGAGCAGCAUUUGGAUGAGGCAUUGAAACGGAUAUUCCAGUAUGGUCAAGGAGGAGGAAUACCAAGAAGAAGUGCACCUGUUCUACAAAUGAUUCGCGAAGAAGUCACACAAGAGGGUAAAUACUGUUUAGUCUUGGUUUUCGAGGCCAAGGCUCUGCAGCUGUCAGAUUUUGAACGGAGACAGGCUAAAUUUACUUCAUUCUUUGGGCCAGGAAUUACAGCUGAAGUUGGGAAGAGCGAAAACGAUUUAUAUGAGGUUCGACUUAUCUCCAAUACAGACCCCAAUGCGUCUCCUUCAUGAAGUUCAUAACCAUUUUAUCCUAUACUUCCAUGUUGCUGUAGUUAAUCAUCAUGACUUAGGACCUUUGAAAUAUGUUAAAUUAUUAAAUUCAAAGAUUUCGAGCUACUGUAUCAAGUGUAAAUUUUGAUACAGAUUGAAAGAAAAAGAAUAGAAAUUUGAAAGAAAGAGCCUAGCCUUUGAGGACCACACUAUUUACUUUAUUUUAGAUUUGAACAAAACUAAAACUUGCUUGGCCACUCGUUUUUUAUAGUUUGAAACAUGGGAUUUCUCAA